UGAGCUAGCUGAGGAGAGGGCCUGGGCUGCCUCCCCGGGCGCGGCUCGGCGAGCGGGAGGGAAGGCGGCAUAUUUAAAGCUGGGCCCGGGCAGGCCCUCCCCGCAGCAGCAGCGAGUCUAGCACGGGCCAGGAGGCGGCAGUGAGAUGCUCGUAGUGUGGGGAGGAAGAGGAAGAGAAGGAGAAGAGACAAAGCUGCUAUCCUUUUCAUGUGUUCAAGCUUCUUGUUGACAGAUACGGUGAGAUAGCCUCAACAGGAAAGAGAGAGAGAGAGAGACCCAUAUCAGAAGAUCCCAUAGCCCAGUGGUUUGGACACUCUUGAAAGGUGGCAAAUUCCUAUUCAAAUUCCUUCUCAUCAGGCAGAGGUGGGACUUGAACCAGAGUUUUUCUACAUUCUGGGUGCCUGAAAGUUAAGGGUUGUGAUGCUGAAUGUGAAUCUAAGCCCCUGGUAAAUGGUUCAGCUACCGAAUUAUGUCCUUUGGGUAUUAAACGCCUGUAAACUGGAAAGAAAGGAUCAUGAGAUAAUGUAAUGCAAGCUUACUUAUGUGUUCCUGUGCUUUCUGCCCCAGAAACCAUGAUGCUGUCCUGAGUAGACAUUGGGGUUUAUGCUGGAAAAGUGGUACAGCAAAUAAACUUCUGUGGCAGACAAUACCCUCUUUCUGCUACUCCAGGAAAAGACCAUGGGCUCUGAAUCAAAGCAGAGUUUCAUAGGAAGCUUUCUGCAGCCUCCAGAUAAAAUGUUUGUUCCUACUUUUGGUCAGAGCAAGUCAAAGAAGGCAACAGCUACCACUGGUGACAUGCUUCCUGCCCCAAACAACCAAGCUCUGAUGUCAGCCCUCAAAACUCUUCAAGAAAAGAUCCGCCAUCUAGAAUUGGAGAGGUCACAGGCUGAAGAUAACCUGAGCUUCCUUUCCAUUGAGGCUGCCCAGUAUAAAAAGACCUUGCAGCAUGAAACAAAUGAGAAAGAUCUAGCACAUGAGGAAUUGAUACAACAGAAAAAAGAUGUUAGUGUGCAGUUAAGUGCAGCACAAUCCCGCUGCUCCCUACUCGAGAAACAGCUGGAUUACAUGAGGAAAAUGGUUUUCAAUGCAGAGCUAGAAAAGAAUAUGGUUCUAGAGCAACAGACUCAACUUCAAAAGGAAAAAGAUCGGAAUCAGAUGGAGCUCCAUGCAAAACUUGAAAAGCUUGAAGUCCUAGAAAAAGAGUGCUUCAGAUUUAGCACUACACAGAGAACUGCAGAAGACAAGAUCAAACAAUUGGAGGAAAAACUUUGUGAAGAAGAGCAUCAGCGCAAGUUAAUAGAAGACAAAGCUGCUCAGCUUCAAACUGGACUUGAGAUAAAUAGAAUUUUAAUGUCUUCAGUGUCACCUCAAAAUGAACCAAAAAAGAAAAACCAGAAAAAGAAAACUGCAAAGAAAAAAUCUGCUCUGAAGAAAGUACAUCCUCCACAAUUUUGCCUAAAUGCUGGGAUGCUGCCUUUUGUGGCUGGGAAGUCUGCCAGCUCCAGCCAUUCUGUUAGUGCAAAUGUACAAAGUGUCUUGCAUAUGAUGAAACAUCGUAGUCCAUGUGUCUUGUCACGGUGUCCAGAAGCAGCUGAACACAGGAUUUCUAGACGAACUAUUGCAUGCAAAUCUGUAUCCUCUUGUUCCACAUCUUCUGUCACUGAAAAUCUAUCUGACCUUUUGCUGGCGAUACAAGAUGAGCUAGGCCAGAUGAGCUUUGAGCAUCAAGAACUCUCAAAGCAGAUACAAGAAACUCAAAACUGUGAAGUUCGUGAAGAUCUAGAACGUGAAUUGGAUUGUCUUGUAAAGCAAAUGGAAAUUAAAGGGGAACAGAUAUCUAAGUUGAAAAAACACCAAGCUAGUGUCCACAAAUUAAAGCAGAAAGCUCAGAAAUUGAAGAGACAGUCAGCUCAUGUCCUACCAAAAUCUGAUGACCUAAAAGAAACAAGAGAGAUUCCAGUUACUUCAAGCGGAAGAGCAUCAAAAUCCUGUCCUGUGCAGAAAAGCAAAAGCUCGCUUCAGCUGUUAAAAAAUGUGCAGAAACUUCAGUCAACACUGAAAAAAGAUGAUAUCAUGUGGGAACAAUAGUUUUACAUAUUAUAUAGGUAGUGCCUCUUACUGGCAUGCCAAACAAUUUGUCAGACACUUCUUCAUAGGUUUGGAUUUAACAAAUAUUAGACUGAAUUAAAUGUUUAAUAUUUCAUUUAUGCCAUGUCCAAAUAUUUUCUAACCUAAUAGUAAAUUUCAGUUGAAACUUAGGCUUGGGUUGAACAAACUCACUUUCCCUGUAGCUAUACAUAUUUUGUAAUAUCUAUUUUAAUUGUUUCAUGAAGUGUCCCAAUUUCUUUUAACUUACAAAAUUAAAAACUAUCUUUGAAAUAUA